GUUUCUCAUUCUGUCACCUUAAAUAUCCCUAGAGUAUAGCAGACGAUUCGGUUUUGGAGAAGCACUCCAUCAUCUUGCCAAAAGGAAUAGGUUUAUUGAUAACAUCUGUCAUGAUGUAUUGGCUUACUCGGUCCAAGUGCACUGGCCUCGAUAACAGUUCCGGAUCACACUUGAGAUAUCAGAGGCCACCAUAUUGCUUUCCGUGAACGAAAGCAUUUAUCUCAAACAAAUUCCUUGGAGGAAAUUGUCAUCUUUGGGAAGACUCGUGCUUUGUGACACCUCAACCACGUGCGUGCGCGGGGAAUAUUUCGAUUCCAGGCCAAGCAUUUAUAGUUUCUCGACUGGAAUAUUUCUUACCAYUGUCUGCGAGGAACUUCGGUGUUUGCUUAAAUCUCUGGUUUUUAAACAGGACUACUUGUUCAAGGGGAACUGAAGACCAAAGUAAAACGAUAGACUGAGAUUAACAUGAAGGUCCUCUUUCUUUUGGUCCUUGCUACCUUUCCUGUUCUUGUCAAUCCAACCAAGCUUGUCAACAGUUGCACUUCUUACAAAUCCCGAGCGUGUCGACAGCACUUUAUCUACGGGAGCCUUGAUAUCAACUGCAGGUCACACAGCAAAGCCUGUGAUCAAAAGUGUAUCCGAGCAGGUUGCUCUAUGAAUUGUGCCACUUCAAAACCUUGCAGACAAAGGUGCGUCGCUAGUGGCUGCAAGACUAUGGUCUGCAAUUCUCAUAAAUGCACUCAAUCGUGCCUUCAGAGUCGCUGUCAGAUGGAAUGCAAUGGCGAGAGAUGCAAACAGUCUUGUGAAGGAGGUUUCUGCAACAUGACUUGUCCUGGGAGCGCUCGGAAGUGCAUUCAAAGUUGUCAGGGAGGGGGAUGCUURAUGGUGUGCCCUAAAGGAGUGGAAUACUGUGAGCAGUACUGCAGCAGAGGAAAAUGUUUUAUGAUGUGCGCAGGGAGGGUUUGUCAACGCACGUGUGGAUCAAAUGGAGAAUGCAGAGUUUCAAACAGACCAAUAGUAACCAGCCUUACAAGACCCUCAUCCAGGAGUAAAAUGAACGAGUGCAGCAGUGUAAGCUACAACAUGUGUUUCCAAAAAUGUCUACCAGGAAAAUGUGAUAUAUYAUAUGACAACAUUAAGCCACUAGGGUGGGGCAGCACCCAAGUUUGCCUCGGUGGAAACUGUGUCUUAGGAUGUAAUAACAAGAACGGUAAAUGCUGGCAGAAUUGCCCGGGAGGUAGAUGCCUCCCUAUGACAUGCAACUCUAGGAUGUGCAUUCAGGAAUGCGGUGGAGGUGCAUGUGUUAUGAGAUGCACAGCUCUGAAGUGCAAUCAAGUCUGUCUUGGUGGGGCUUGUACCAUGGAGUGCAGUAGCAGAGUGAAAAAGUGCUACCAGUCAUGCCAAGGUGGUGGGUGUCUAUUCAAGUGCAAUGCUCGGCGAUGCUUCAAGCUGUGUCCAUCAGGAAACUGCAGGUCAAUCAGUCCUCCGACUGUCCUGCCUAAAAUACCUGGAGAGUGCAAGUAUAUGAAAUCCGGACGGUGUAAACAGGAAUGCAGCCAAAAGAGAUGUGCGUUGAGCUGUAAGGGCUCUAAGCCCUAUGGAUCCUGCGACCAGACAUGCGCCCAAGGAAGAUGCCGCUUGAAGUGCCAUACACCAAACUCUUGCAAACAGACCUGCAAGAGGGGCAAAUGCAUUGCAAUGACGUGCAAGUCUAAAAAAUGUACUCAGGAUUGCACAGGGAAUCAAUGCCGUAUGGCCUGCACAUCUGACAACUGUCAACAACGUUGUAACGGCAGAAGUUGCAGCAUGGACUGUGCGAGUGGGACCAAGAAUUGCCAUCAAAUAUGUGAUGGAGGUGGCUGUGUUUUCAAUUGCCACGGAAAAAAGUGCACUUAUUCUUGUAAGGGAGGAGGUUGCGUUACCCGUGUUGCCGAGGCUUCUCCGGAUGCAUCCAACAAAAUAUCCGACAAGACAUACUUCCUAUCUCUCUUUUCCAAGAAAGGUCAAGGUCGAGUUGACUGAGGAUAAGAUUGGUCAACACCACAAACAAUAGUAAAAAACACAUGUGCCAAUUGGAUAUGGAGUGUCUACAGGAGACUUCAAGGUAUCUUGGUAUGUCACGCAUUUUACAGUGCAUAACGCAAUGUUUUAAACCAUAAACAAAUCAUAACUGCAAUUUAAGUUUUUUAAAACUUCGAAUUCAACGUCAUAUUCAUAUAUCCUCACAUUUAUAAAAUCAAAGCAUUCUAUAGAAGGAAAUUGGCCAUAUAUUGUGUGAUACGCCUAUACUAAUAUAAUUUUCGAAUGUCAGGGACGAAAUUGUAUUUUUAACGAAUGGAAGGCACUCCUAAAAUAUUAACCAACAUUUCUUACAGGACAAAUAAUGUGAAUUGUUAUGCAGGGACAUUAUGAUGAAUAUUAAUAAUCAUAAUAAAAAUGAUAUUUAGUAUAGCCUUAGAUAAGAGGUAAAGGCCCUGAUUGUAGCUUUCAUCCAGGAAACAUUUUAUUCAUCAAUUAAUGACRUUUUUACGUGGUUUACGUGGAAAAUAAACUAGUGGAAUGGUCGCGACAA